AUGGCCACCCCAAAGUCCAAGGUGCUUCCCAUUAUCCCACUCGCCGUGCCCUCGGUGCUGCUCCCGGGCUACACGCUGCGUGUCUCCCUCGCCGACCGCGUCGACAUCGCCUCGCUCCUCGCGCACAUCUACAGCCUCUCGCCCAAGCCGAAACCCGAUGCACCCGUCACCAUCGGCUGCGUGCCGCUGAACUCGCCGCUGCUGUCGCGCGAAGGCGAGCGCCUGAUCAACCACGAUGCCAGCAAGGAGCGGCAGAAAGGCACAGCCAAAGACCCGGUUCUCGUGGAAAAGGACGACCUCUUUGGAUAUGGCGUCUUGGGCAAAGUGUCGGCCGUGCAGGGCCGCCUGCAGGGCGAGCUGCACUUGGUGGUGGAUGGCGUGAGCAGGUUUAAGGUCCACAAGAUCAUACAAGAGCGGCCGUACUUUGAGGCUGAGCUGGAGCACUUGGUGGAUGAUUUCAACCCCGCAGACCCUGCGAUCCAGCAGGCCUUCGAAGGCUUCAAGCAGGUCUCGAGAGAGUUCCUUGCCCUGGUUCGCAUGUCCGCCAUUAUGCCCCGUAGCACCGGUAUGCCCUUGUCGCCUUCUAUGGCCCGGCGACUCGAGCUGUACAUCUCGAAGAAAGGCGUCGAAGACGCUGGUACGGUAGCGGAUUUCAUGACAGAUAUGCUGCAGUGCUCGCAUGAGGACAGACUUAGAGUACUGGCAGCUGUGGAUGUCAAAAACAGGCUAGAGUGUGUGGUAGAGAUCCUACAGGCCCAGAUCCAGAAGAUCCAGGGCAACAACAGGAUAAUGACCAUAAGUUCCGGAAAGCCUGGGAUUAUGCCGGACAUGGAUAGGCUAGGGAAUUUGCAAAGACGCUACGCCACGAACAUGCGGAUGCCUGCCGGUAUGAAUGGUUUCCCGCCAUUUCCAGGUUUCGGAGGUGGAGCCGGUGCCGGCGGUCAAGAGGGGGACAAUGAGUUAGAGGAGCUGAAGAAGCGGUUGGAUGAGGCCAAGCUCAGCCCCGAGGCGCAGAAGGUCUCGCAGCGUGAGUUGCAGCGGCUGCAGAAGAUGAAUCCAGCCCAGGCCGAAUACCAAGUGUGCAGGAAUUAUUUGGAGAACCUGGCGGAGAUACCUUGGUCUAAGGUCACUGAAGAUCAUCUGGAUGCCCAGACCCUGUCUAGGGCAAGGAAGCAGCUUGAUGACGAUCACCACGGCCUGGAAAAGGUCAAGAAGCGGCUACUGGAGUACUUGGCCGUCUUGAAGCUCAAGCAGUCCGUCAACGCGGACAUUGACGCUCAAAUCAAGCAACUCACAGAUGCAAGUAGCAAAGAGGAAGCCGGAGCGGAAGCCCAGAAUGCUGAGGGUGCAUCCAAGCAGCUGAUCCUUGCAAAAGACGCGGCUCGUCGGGAACCGAACACAGCAAAGAACUCUGCUACUCAUGAGCCCAGCGAAGAAGAGCAGCGUCUUAUGGAGAGAAAGAGAAUGGUUGACAAGUCUCCCAUAUUGCUCCUCGUUGGACCCCCAGGAGUUGGCAAGACCAGUUUGGCGAAGUCUGUGGCAACAGCCCUUGGUCGGAAAUUCCACCGCAUAUCGCUGGGAGGCGUCAGAGAUGAAGCCGAGAUAAGAGGCCACAGGAGAACUUAUGUGGCUGCCAUGCCUGGCCUGGUCGUCAACGGAUUGAAGAAGGUUGGCGUUGCUAACCCAGUCUUCCUUCUCGAUGAGAUUGACAAGGUCGGCAUGGCAAACCACAACGGCGAUCCGUCAGCUGCCAUGCUGGAGGUCUUGGAUCCGGAGCAGAACCACACCUUCACCGACCACUACAUCAACAUUCCUAUUGACCUGAGCAAGGUACUAUUCAUUGCUACAGCAAACAGCUUGGAAACGAUUCCACCUCCUUUGCUCGACCGCAUGGAGACGAUCCAACUGACUGGCUACACCACUUUGGAGAAGCGGCACAUCGCGACGCAACACUUGGUGCCAAAGCAAAUCAUGACCAAUGGUCUUGGGUCAGACAAGGUCUCAAUGUCCGAAGAUGUCUUGGACAAGAUCAUUACCUGCUACACACGCGAGUCUGGCGUGCGUAACCUGGAGCGCGAGAUAGGCAGCGUGUGCCGGUACAAAGCCGUCGAGUACGCCGAAGCCACGGACGCCAACACGCCACAAACCUACCAGCCAGAGGUGCGCCUUGAAGACCUCGAAAACAUCCUCGGCGUCGAGACUUUCACUGAAGAGCUCGCCGAGCGUCACUCGCGGCCGGGCGUCGUGACGGGCCUGGUAGCCUACAGCACGGGCGGACAGGGCAGCAUCCUCUUCAUUGAAGUAGCCGACAUGCCGGGGACGGGACGGGUGCAGCUAACGGGCAAGCUGGGCGACGUGCUCAAGGAAAGCGUCGAAGUGGCGCUGACCUGGGUGAAGGCACACGCGUUUGAGCUGGGCCUGACGGGCGACCCGAGGGAAGACAUCAUGAAGGCGCGCUCGAUCCACGUGCACUGCCCGUCGGGCGCGAUACCGAAAGACGGGCCCUCGGCGGGACUGGCGCACACGAUCGCGCUGAUCUCGCUGUUUGCCGGCAAGCCGGUGCCGCCGCGACUGGCGAUGACGGGCGAGGUCAGCCUGCGCGGCCGCGUGCUCCCCGUGGGCGGCAUCAAGGAGAAGCUGAUCGGGGCGCUGCGGGCGGGCGUGGAGAUGGUGCUGCUGCCCGAGGCGAACAGGAAGGACGCCAAGGAUUUGCCCGACGAGGUCAAGUCGGGCCUGCGGAUCGUCCAUGUCGGCCAUAUCUGGGAGGCGAUGCGCCUGGUGUGGCCGGAUGCGACGUGGCCGGGCGAGAGGCCGGGGAGCGGCGUCGAGAGUCGGUUGUAG